CUGCUGAGAGUUGGUACAGCUAAAGGCGGGUAUGUUUUCCUGUAACCCCGGUCCUGGUUUGAUGGGUUAUUAAUCACCCGAUAAAGAUAAAGUUACAGGAAACCAAAGUACAGAGAGGAAACCGGUAGAACGGUAGACUGGCAGUGAUUUGAGAUCUGACAGUAAGACACCUAAAAUGUCUACAUCUGCUAUGAAUGAGGACAAUGAGGAAGAUGAUGUGGAGUUUGUUUCUGAGGGCCCACUCAGACCUGUUGUGGAGUGCAUAGACCUACUGAGUGAUGGAGAGGAUGAUACAGGAGUAUCUAUGAUAGAGGAUCAAGUUGACAGACAGAAGGCUCGAGCAGUUUCUACUUUAGACAGGCUGGCACGUCAGGUAGCUGUGGAGAAACGAGAGCGUGCAGAAAAAUGCCAAGCCUUUAAGGAGCAGAUGAUAACGCAGCAAGCUCACGGCCAGCGGGAGUUGGCAGUUAACCGAAGCAGCAGUGAGGACAGUAGUGAUGCCAAACGCUGUGUGGACUUCUGGCUGAAAAUGCCAGGAUUGAAACCUGGUGUCAUCAACAAUGGCAUGAGCUGGAGGCGCAGAUCUGCUCCUGUUCCCUCACUGAGGUCCACCCUUCAAACCUGCCCUGUGAUUAACUGUGGUCGACUAUAUGACAACGUCCCUCUUCUUGAGGGUCACCUUAAAAGAUUUGACCACUCUCCAUGUGACCCCACCAUCACGUUUAAGGGCAGCCCUAAUCCCGUCUUUGCCUGUGUGGCCUGUGGACACCAUUUUGACACUAAAGAGUCAUGGAGAAUACAUCUGUCAUCAAAGUUGUCGUCCUCUAACCCUGCUGGUCAUGUCAGCUCUCAGACCUACCAGUUAAUUGUUUGCUUUGCUUGCCCUGAAUGCUACCUACUCUUCAACAUGAAGGAUGACUGCGUCCAGCAUAUGGCUGCCAAAAAACACUUUACUCAGUCCAUUUCUCUUGGCGCAGAGGAAAAGCCGACGCCAGCGCCUAUUUCAGUUCCUCGAUAUGCAAAGAACCGGCUCAUAGCUUUAUGUAAAGAUGUUCAGUUCAGUGUCAAAUGCACAGCUUGCUCUAAGGUGCUUACUUCACACAUGGAGGCAAAGGCCCACUUCAACGUACACUGCAGACAUGGAUGUGCUAUUGCUGAGUCAGCGCAAAGUGUUACUCAGGUCGUGAAUCAGAUGAUUGUAGUGGGCCAGUGCUCCACCUGCACCAAAAUCUUUCACCAACAAAAUCAGAUAGAGGAGCACAGAGAGCAAACGCAGCAUGAGGUGGAGAUGAUCACCAACGUGGAGCAAGCGCUUCUAGUCUAUAGCAACUACUGCGAAAUCCGAAACAGCCUCAAGGGUAAAGCCAGUCACGCCUCUAAAGAUGCCAAUGCAGGCGAAGCUUCAUUACAUAGAAACAGAAAAGAGAGAGAUGACUGUUCAUCCCCUGCCAAGCGACAGAGACUCUCCAGCUCAGGUUCUGAAGCUAAGUCUAAUAGAUCUAUAAACCUUGCCUGGUUCUGCGAGUGUGGCCUGAAGUUUCUAGACGAGGGUCAGGUUAACAAGCAUAUUCUAGCAGCCAACCAAAUCUUUCACAAAUGUGCCGUCUGCGGCAAGCUGUCGGGCGAAUCGUCCAUUGCUCGUUUGCACAUGAGCAGAUUCCAUGGCGGGGCUCAUUUGUCAAACUUCCUCUUCCACUGCAGGCUGUGCAAAGUAGAAAUGCCAAGGAAGGAGGACAUCCUUUCUCAUGUUGGUGUUUCCCAUCAUGGCCACACUUACUAUGAAGAAAGAGAGGACAGAACAAUGGAGAACUUGCCUUUACAAACACCUUCCACCAGUACAGAGAGCGUGCCAAAGAAAGCCGUUCCCGUCCCUCGUGUUACCAAGAAGGAAGAACGGUGGAUGUGCCGGAUGUGCGAGGACAUAUUUGACUCAAAAGAAGCGGUACGUAAGCACUGCAGUGACCUAAACAGUCACAGCUUUCAGAGGUUCACAUGUGGUCACUGUCCACAGAAGUUCUUUAAGGAGUCCACCCUCCGUAGACACUGUGCAAAUGAGCACAAUAACCAGCUGAGCAUUCGCUACUUUUGUGGGCUUUGCGACAGCUUGCUCUAUGACUCCGAGCAAGAGUUCAUGGAGCACUACAUCGCCUUGCACAGCAUCGAUUACUACUGCCUGGACAAGAUACAUAACGGUUCCUCUGCAAUCCCUGAAAGUUCUGUGGAGCUACCAACAACUAGUAAAAGCCUUCCUGAACUGUGUCCCUGCAUUGGCCCAGGUAAAGCCAAAGGGGAGACCAAGUCUACCUUUACAAGGUGCAUGAAGCAGCUAGCCAGCGAGGGCAAAUGCACCUACAUCUGUCAGCAAUGUUCAGUCACUAUGGGCUCCUAUGCACAGAUGAAAACACAUUUGCAUUUGGAGCAUGCAGUGCUGGGAAAUGACAAAAGCUUUCAUGUUAACUGUGUGUCAUGUAAUGAAAACCACAAGGAUAUACCCAGCUUCCAUUCACACUACCAUGCCCAUCACUGCUUACUGGAACCAUGUGUGUCAUCUAGAACUAGUGAAUUAGACAGAUCACAUGAGGACGAAUCACCCACUGCGGAGAUUGUAAACGCAGAGGAAGUCUCUCCAGACAGUAAUGCUGAGGAAUUUUGGCAUGUGAAAAAAAUCGUUGAUUCAAGCACUGGUGUUUCUACAGAAGAUCAAAAGAAUUUGCAAGAUGAUUCUGAUGAGUUGAAACUGGCUUUGGCUUUAAGUGCAGAUGAGGCAAAAAAGCCAACUGAAUUUGAUCAGGAGAUGAAAGAAGCUUUGAAAAGAAGCCUGCUGGACUUCUGAUCAGCGGAAGUGGCACCUACGCAGUGUUCCGUUUGUUGUUUUUAUGUUCCUGUAGCGACUGCAGGUUGUUCAGUGUUUCGUUUGUGAUUAUUAAAAUGUUUAUUUUAUGAAUGUAUUCUUGAGAGUAAAUAAAGAAUGACUAUUUAACUGUC